AUGCUUAACCCACAUAUCCACGGAAUGCCACGUCGAGUGCGUUUAGUUGACUGGGUUCUACUAAUAGUAAUCAUCAUCGCAGUUUAUACAGUUUUGAAAUAUGACAGCGAUUUGGAUAGCAAUAGGAUAGAUUUGCAACCUGAAAAGCCAACAUGGAACAAGGAGGACAUUCGAGAAAUGUGUCAGUUUUUGGAGCACGAAGUGACAGGACAAGAGGGUGACCAAUGGGUCAAGGUAAUAGAAGGGGAGAACACGGGAUUGGAAAACAAAGGGGGGCGAGAAUCGAUAAUUGCUAAGCCAGAGGAUGGAAACGAAUACGAAAAAGACCUUCGUCUUCGAGGAAUCACUUUAGUAUUUAGACAUGGAGAACGAUCCCCCGUUUCGAAAGUUGACGACGAAGUUGGCUGUCUUCCGUACAGAGAUUCUGACCGAAAAGCGUUUGCAGCGUAUAAGGAAUUAGCCGAAAGUGAAGAACUUCUUGCGUUUCUGAAGUUGGAUCCUCAGUUGAAACAGUUUCCAAGAGUUCCAUUAGAUGCGAAAUGCGUCAGUGGGAUGUUGACUGCUGAAGGAGCCAUACAACAUGUGAAACUUGGAAAGUUUUUCAGACAUCGAUAUGAGAAGACUAAAUUAUUUGCCGACGGUAAUUCAAUAAUUAAAAAUCUUCAAAUUCACAAUUUGUUAUUUUUAGAAAAUCAAAGAAUAGUAGCUGACGUCGUCAGCAGUAAAUACAACCGAACAGUUCAAUCGGCACUAGCGUUCUCUUCUGAAUUCCUCUACAAACAACGCUCACUGAUGGCUCCGAUUCAAAUAAAAGCAUCAAACUUCUCGUAUCAUUGCGUGGAUAAUUACUGCUCUUGUCCGAUUCACAAAUCAAUCCGGAAAAUCUACGAAGAAGAACAUCUCAAUCAGUUUAAUGAAAUGAAAUCAGAGGAUGUGGUUGAAGAAGAAAAGAAGCUUCUGUCAUUCGAACAGUUCUCCACUUCUUUUGACCCAUUCCAAAUGAUCGACGUGGGGCUUGGAAGAUUCGUUUGCCGUCGGAAGACACUUCCGUGCCGUUCUGAAGAAUGUGUCACUUUGGAUUCCUUCAACAAAAUGAUUAAUUUAACAACGACUCGUGGUGGUAGAAUGUUUGAUGAUAGAAUUGGAGUUUCAAGAAGACUACAAUCAAUAGAAGCAUAUCCAAUUAUUACGUAUCUUGCGAAUUCAAUCUCUAAAAUUAGGAAGUUUCCACAUUCCAAUUAUAUUCAGAUCUUCUCGGGCCACGAUGUUACCGUUGGUCCGAUCCUUCGUGUUCUCGGAAUCCCAUUCGUUGAUCCACCUCAUUACACAUCAAGAAUAGUUUUUGAAAUAUACGAGCACACUAACGAAGGUCUAUACAUCCGGGUUCUUUAUAAUGGAAUUAAUCGAACAUUAGAUGUCAGAUUUUGUCAGAAUGACGACUUGAAAUAUGGAAUGUGCAAAGCAUCGGCGUUUGAGAAGUUUGCCAAAAGUGGAUUGUUUGAAUUGGCUGGAGUUUCAGAGUUUAAAGAAAUGUGCUAUGUCUGA